AUGCCGCUAGCUCGGCUCGCCGAUCCGUGGAGUAUAGAAAUGCCCGUUACCGCUGCCGCUGCCGCCACCACCACCACCACAGUCGUCAACCAUGGCGAUGCAGCGAUGGCCAGUGUUAGCGAACCGAUCGAAGACGCGGCAACGGACGAACCAGAAGAUGGAAACAAUCGGGAAUUUAAAGAAAGUACUACGGAAAUCGAAGUUCGCGAUAUCACCAAGGAAGGUCACGAAAAGGCUGACCCAUCGCAGUUCGAGCUGCUCAAAGUUCUCGGUCAGGGAUCGUUUGGAAAGGUUUUCCUGGUCAGAAAAAUCAUCGGUAAAGACGCGGGUGUUUUGUACGCAAUGAAAGUACUGAAGAAAGCUACCCUCAAAGUUCGUGACCGACUGCGGACGAAGAUGGAACGCAACAUCCUUGCGCAAAUUAACCAUCCGUUUAUAGUCAAGCUACAUUACGCAUUCCAGACGGAAGGCAAGUUGUACCUCAUUUUGGACUUUCUCCGAGGCGGCGACUUAUUUACGCGCCUCUCAAAGGAAGUGAUGUUCACGGAAGAGGACGUCAAGUUUUACUUAGCUGAACUCGCCCUCGCUCUGGAUCACCUCCAUUCGUUAGGAAUCAUUUAUCGUGACCUGAAACCAGAAAACAUUUUAUUGGACGAAGAAGGACACAUUGCACUGACAGACUUUGGCCUCUGCAAAGAGGCACUCAUCGACCAGAAAGCUUAUUCGUUCUGUGGGACAGUCGAAUACAUGGCACCCGAAAUAAUCAACCGUCGAGGGCAUUCCACUGCCGCUGACUGGUGGUCAUUCGGCGUACUGAUGUUCGAAAUGCUCACGGGUGUCUUGCCAUUUCAAGGACAGAAUCGCAAAGAAACGAUGACGCAGAUUUUGAAGUGA